GCCGAUUCAUCGCCAGUCGUUCGCGAGCCAUCGUCGGGUCGAGUUCGGGUCCUACCCAUUCACAAAACCCAUCGGCAAGAAAGAGUGCCAUCACACAAUCUCAUUCACACCGUGGUCGGCAUGCGUUAUCGAUUUUUGUCUGACUUGUUGUCGCACUCGCACUAGCCGGGCUUUAAUGGUGGCGCGUGACAGGGACAGGAAGCAAAGUUCAUUCUGGGCAUCUCGCAGUAUUUUUGUCAAAGGAAAAAGAUAAAUAAACAAAAGAAGGGUGGAUUGGUUUGGAUUUUCAUCGUUUUUUUCCGGGUCGGUUUCAAGUGAGGGAAAUUUGCUGGAGAGUUGUGUUCAGUUUUUGGAAGUCGUCCAAGUUGCGGUCCAGAACGAAGAUGGAAGUUGUCGUCGUCGUCGUCAGGAAGUGAGAGAUUAAAGUCUCGCCGAGCUCUGUGAAGCUGUGUUUGUUUUAAAAUUUCUAGAAGGGUCAGUCAGGGUGCAGACGUGUGUGGUUAAUUCAUAAUUGUUGGACACAUGAACCAAUGAAAAUUUGCUGAAUCUUAAAUAAUCAGUUGUUGUACCGGUGUUCAAUAUAGAAAAGCGCUCAAUCAAGAUGAAUCUCAAACCAACGAAAUCUUGUUCUACAAUGGCACUUUCGACGCUACUCUGCCUACUCUCGAUCGUCACAUACCACCCAACCUAUGGUGAACUCUUUACGGCGCUGGCCGAAAUGGAGGAGCUAAUGGAUACCGAGUCCGUGCUCAUAGCGAACCUGGAGAACUACGUCAGCGUUCAGGAGUCCAAGCUGACUCAACUGCGACGAAAAAUCCUCGAAUACCAGCGCGAGCACGCCGAGGCCGCAAAGGACGUCGGCGCGUACCUGUCCAAUCCGGUGAACGCGUUCCUGCUGACGAAGCGCCUGACGACGGAUUGGCGCGAGGUCGAGAACCUGAUGUCGUACGACGUGGGCGCCGACUUCCUGGAGAACGUCACCAACUACCGGGACGUGCUCAAGUUCCCCUCGGACGAGGACCUGAACGGGGCGGCGGUGGCGCUGAUGAGGCUUCAGGACACGUACAACCUGGACACGGCCUCGGUGGCGCGGGGUGAACUCAACGGGGUUCAGUACAGCACGGAAAUGUCCGCCGGGGAUUGCUUCGAGCUGGGUCGGCAGACGUACCUCAACGGGGACUACUACCAUACGGUGCUGUGGAUGAGGGAGGCCAUGGACAGGUUGUCGCAGGAGGUCAAUCGAACGACGACCAAGGCGGACGUGCUGGAGUAUUUGGCGUUUUCUACGUUCAAGCAAGGAAACGUCCAAACAGCUCUACUCAUGACCAACGAGCUGCUAGAACUGGUUCCUAACCACGAGCGUGCCGUUGGCAACAAGGCCUACUACGAGAAAGAGCUGGAAAAGGAAGCGCGUCAGAAGGCUCUGCGUGGGGACGACGGCAGCGAGGACGUUCCAGUGGACACCACGAUUCAAAUUAAAAAAGAAACCAGCUCCCUCGUGUACGACUCCACGGAACGAGUGCUGUACGAGCAGCUGUGCCGCGGAGAAGCCCACCGGGCGGAGGCGGAUCUGGCCAAGCUCCGCUGUCGGUACGUCACCAACAGUUCCCCGUUCCUCAAGAUUGCCCCCCUCAAGCUGGAGGAGGCCCACCUGGAGCCGUACAUCGUGAUCUACCACGAGGUGAUGUCCGACGCGGAGAUCGAAGUCAUCAAGCGGCUGGCCAAGCCCCGCUUCCGGCGGGCAACGGUUCAGAACUACAAAACCGGCGAGCUGGAGGUGGCCAACUAUCGGAUCAGCAAGUCGGCCUGGUUGAAGGACGAGGAGCACAGUGUCGUGCGGACGGUGGGCCAGCGGGUUGAAGAUAUGACGGGGUUGACCAUGACCACGGCCGAGGAGCUGCAGGUGGUCAACUACGGCAUUGGUGGGCACUACGAGCCGCACUUUGAUUUCGCAAGGCGCGAGGAGAAGAACGCGUUCAAGAGUCUUGGGACGGGGAACCGGAUUGCGACGGUGUUGUUUUAUAUGUCCGACGUAAGUCAAGGUGGCGCCACCGUAUUCCCCAGCAUUCGGGUGGCCUUGAGGCCCAAGAAGGGUACGGCUGCCUUCUGGUACAACCUGCACGCGUCCGGGCACGGUGAUUACGCGACCCGCCACGCGGCCUGUCCCGUCCUAACCGGUACCAAGUGGGUGUCAAACAAGUGGAUCCACGAGCGCGGCCAGGAGUUCCUUCGGCCUUGUGACCUCACGCCAGACCAUCCGGAAGAGUUCUGACAGCAGAUCGUGUACGAGGACGAGCUGGAGGAGGACGACGACACCGAAUCUGAUGACGGGGGAGAUUUCACGUGAAUUUAAUGCGUUGCACUUCCGUGAGGAGGAGUAGGAAGUGGCGCGCGCCAAUGCCAUGUUACUUGUACUCCUUUGAACUGAGAUUUCGUUGCUCUGGUUCCGGUAAUCCGAGAACCAGGAGCCUUUACCAAUAAGAGUGUACCGUAGAGAAAGAAAUUUUAUAGAUAUAUUUUUUAAGGAGAAGAAGAAGGAAACCUAAAACACCAAAAUCAAACAUUCUCAUACUAGUUUGUCAAUUUCGAAUCUAACUGCUCUCUUACUUUAAAUUAUCCUUAUUCGCCGCUUAAGUUUAGAUAAGUAGAAGCUGAAACAAUGCAUUUUUCAGUAUGUUUCUCUUUUAGUUUUCAUUCAAAACUUGUUGUGCCACGUGUCACAAAUCCAGUGAAUGUCAACUAAAUCUACCAGUUUUAUCUAUUAACAGUCGAUGUUUCCCCAAACAAAUUAUAGGACUUUUUGUAAAUAAAAUUUAAAUAUUCAAAUUA